AUGCUCCGCUGCGUAACAUCUGGUCUGGCAGUGCUGAUGUUGCCUAUGGUUCUGUUUGUGUUGCUAAUGCCUAUUGGCUGGAGUUUUCAAGCCCUGACUCCUGGCUGCCACCUUUACCCAUUCAACGUGACCAUACGGACAGACAAGCGAGGGACCUGUCGAGGAACUCAGCUGGUGUACGCUUGCGUGGGCUACUGUGAGUCCAGCGCUUUCCCCUCGCGCUACUCUGUGCUGCUGGCCUCCAACUUCAUCCGCAACAUAACGUCUGCUUCCCGCUGCUGCACCAUUAGCAAGGAUGCCAAGAUCAAAGUUCGUCUGCACUGUCCUCGAGGCCGUCAUCAUGAUGAUAUGGAGAUCUUGACAGCGCGUGCCUGUCGGUGCAACAUGUGCCACAAAUCCCGUUACUGA